UAGGAUGAAGAAUGUAAAGAAAUUACAUUUUCCACUGGUACUUAUUUUAGCUUAUCUCUGUUACGCACAAGGAGACUAUGCCCCACAUUUCUUUGACAAUGGACCAUACGGUGACAAUGGAAACCUGGCUCUAUUCAGUCUGUCAGAAGACACACCAGUCGGCACACAGAUCUAUGCUCUCAAUGGCACUGACCCAGAAGGUCAAGAGGUGAGGUAUGGUGUGGCGUUUGAACCAGGAUCUAAAGAGUUCUUCCGUGUAGACCCCAAGUCUGGCAACAUUACAUUGGUGGAACCACUGGAUAGAGAGAAACAAGAUUCAAUUGAAGUUUAUGUCAGCAUCACAGAUGGCCGAAACAAGGUCACAGAAAAAGUCACAGUGUUUGUAAUGGAUGCCAACGAUGAGAGACCAGAGUUUGAAAACAUGCCUUCCAUUGUAGAUGUCCCAGAGACUACAGAGUCAGGUAACAGCAUCUACAAAGUGAAGGCUGUGGACAAGGACACUGGCUCAGGAGGGUCUGUCACCUACUACCUGCAGAGCACUCAGGACAGUAAGUUCUCCAUAGACAGACACAGCGGCGUCCUCCGCAUCAAACCUGGGGAGAGCCUGGACUAUGAGCAGGCGCGGACCCACUUUGUCACAGUGGUGGCAAAGGAUGGUGGGGGGGAUUUCAACGGCAAGGAGCAGGUGAUGUCAUCUUCUGCCACCCUGACCAUCAACGUCAUCGAUAUCCAGGACACACCGCCCGCCUUUGUGGGGACUCCCUAUUUUGGCUAUGUCUACGAAGUGUCUUCCCCGGGCUCAGAAAUAUACACUGUCCUUGCCAAGGAUGGAGACGUGGGGAACCCAAACCCGAUCCAUUACUCCAUAGAGAGUGGUGCAGAUGGGGUUUUUGGCAUCAACAAAACCAGCGGGUGUAUCCGCUUGUUAAUUUACCCUGUCAAUCUAAAGAGAGAGAUAUUCAACAUCAAAGUCAAGGCCUCAGAGGUCAGCCCGGAUGGAGACUUUUUGGACUUUGGUUUAACCACGGUUGUGAUUCGAGUUGUGGACCUCAACAACCAUCCACCAACAUUCUUCGGUGAAAAUGGACCACAGAACAUGUUUGAGAUGACCAUGUAUGAGCACCCCCCUGAGGGAGAGAUCCUUAGGGGUCUGAAGAUCACCGUCAAUGAUUCUGAUCAGGGGGCUAAUGCUAAGUUCAACCUGAGACUGAUAGGCCCGGGGCGAAUGCUACGAGUGGUUCCUCAGACAGUACUCAACGAGGCACAGGUCACCAUUCUGGUAGAGGACUCUGCUGCUAUGGACUACGAGAAACACCAGUUUUUGACCUACAAGCUCCUUGCUGUGGAGAUUGAUACCCCUGAGAGGUUCAGUGCCACUGCAGACAUUGUGAUUCAUCUCCUCGACUCAAAUGACAAUGCUCCAAAGUUCUCCUCUGACUACUACAUCGCCCGAAUUCCCGAAAACUCCCCAGGUGGUUCCAAUGUGGUGGCAGUGACGGCGACAGAUCCCGACUCUGGGCUCUGGGGGGAGGUCAAAUACUCCAUCUACGGUUCAGGGGCAGACCUGUUCCUGAUCCAGCAUGCAUCUGGUAUCAUCUACACUCAGCCAUGGGCCAAUCUGGAUGCUGAGGUCAAGUCAAAGUACAACUUCUACGUCAAGGCCGAAGACACAGAGGGGAAAUACAGCCUGGCUGAGGUGUUUGUCACCGUGCUGGACCUAAACGACCACUCGCCAGAGUUCAAUGAUAACUUUCUGGAGAAGACCAUGGUCAUUGGAGCACCAGUGAAAAUAGAGGCUGUGGAUGACGAUGCAGAGGAACCCAACAAUGUAAUUGAAUACUCCAUAAUGAAGGCUGACCCAGAUAACAUCUUUGACAUCAAUGCCGACACGGGUGAAAUAAAGCUCAAGUCCUACAUCAAGUCCAUGGAUAUUGUCCAGAACAUCACCAAGCAGAAGGACUGCACCUGGUCUGUAGUGGUCCAGGCACGCGACCGGGGUUCACCAUCCUUUAGCACCACCACUGUGGUCAAGAUAGACAUCACAGAAGCGACUCAACUCAGGGGGGGGCCUUUGGCGUCCUUUUUAAUGCGUAGUAGAGACAAGCCAUUGCAAAUCCUAGGCGUAAUCGCUGGUUUUAUUAGUAUCAUGGUCAUUGUCACAGUCUUCAUCUCCACCGCAAUGUUCUUGCGCAACAAAAAGUCAAACAGGAUCCUGCCCAACCGGCGCAUUCGGAGGCGACCUCGACACCAGCAGCCCUGGACUUUCAAGAGCCCCUUUAAGAAACCGGAUAACCCUGGAGAGAAGUUUGUUGUGGAAGAGCCAGAGCUUGAAGAGGUGGAUAACAUUAAUUGUAACAACAACUUGGUGGACUACCACUACCGGCCACCAGCUCCUCUCCCAUCUGCCCCCGCACUGCCCCCUCCCGGCUACGGCUACUCCAGGCCGGGGGACAGGCAAUGGGUGGUUCCCACUGUGUCUAGCACAGUGACUGCCAAGCCUAAGAGUAAAUCCUUAAGGGACAGAGAGAACAGUGUGAACGUUGCGCUGGUGUCGGAGCUCAAAAUGAGACUGGAACAGAAGAGGAUGCAAAACCGCUACUAGGAUGUGUGUGUGUUUGCAUGUGUUGGUGGAGGUUUAUGU